AUGGCCAAAUGGGCGUCACGGCACGGCCCGGCCCGGGCACGGCCAGGCACGGGUCUAAUCGUGCCGUGCCCGUGCCGGCCCAGCGUGCCUGAUGCUCGGCCCAGGCACGGCACUACCUAUCAGGCCGUGCCGGCACGGGCCCGACACCAGCCGUGCCGUGCCGUGCUCCGGGCCGGCCCGAUUAGCCCGGCACGGCUGGCCAUCUAUAGCUGCGGCGGCGACGGCCGCGAGUGCCGGCCGCUGGGUUGGCUGCUGGGGCUGCCGUUCGCGCUGCUCGCCGUCCUCGUCUCCGUCGUCGGCGCCAUCAUCUGGAUCAUCGGGCUGCCCAUAUCGUGCAUCUGCCCGUGCUGCCUCUGCGUGACGGUGGUGCUGGAGGCGGCGGUGGAGCUCAUCAAGGCGCCGCUGCACGUCAUCACCUGGUUCACAUCCAAGAUACCCUGCUAGACAAGCAGUCGGAGGAUGGUUUGUGAGCGAUAGCCAACAAGGGGCAGCGCAUGGACAGUUUACACAGGACACGGGGUUUCGGUGCAGACUAGAAUCUGUCAUGUUUCUUCGAGCUUCUGGAUUGCCGUUUAACUUUUCAAUAUAGGUCAAAAUAAAGAGUUGCAGUUGCACAGCUAUUUUAAGAACGGUAUAGAGGUAUGGUAGAUUUCAUAUAGGUCAUGUUUGACAGGGUUCCGGCUUCUCGAGAACCCUGCCAAAUGGUCACUUAAAGUUGGCUCUUUAUAUAUGAAGUCUGAAGGAGCCAGAGCUGUUUGUAUAUAUAGGAGUUGGUGAUGCUGAAAUAUGGCUUCAGUCUCCUCACAAAUCUAAAGAUAGAGCAAAUGGUGAGUAUACAGCUGAAACUACCCGUCACCCAGCAUAGGCGCACUGGAGCAGAGCAAAUGAGUAAGACAAAAGAGAGGUUAACAAUAUAGAUUUACAGGUUUGAACAUCCGAUUUUUUUUUUUUUUUUGAGCUCUGUGA